AUGAGUAUAAAUACCAAUCAAGGUCAAUUAGCGGGUUGUAUUGAUAAUAUUGAGGAUGGUGUCACUAAUAUCCUAGAAAAUGUAUAUGAAAUGAAAGAAGAUGUUAAGAAGAUUGUUGUGACGAUGUUGAAAGGAUUUGAAGAUUUUUAUGCAUUAAAAAAAAUGAUUGAAGCUCAAACGGAAGGUGCUUUGAUAAAAGAUGAUAUUAUCGAAAAACCAUUAAAUCCACAUGAUUUCUCUAGAAUGGAGGAAGAACGUGGUAAUACCCGAAAAUGGAUAAGAGAUUCUGAUAAUUAUGAAGUGGCUUUUACUGAAAUGCGUUCGCUUCCGGAAAACCUUUAUUUUGAAGUCAAAUGGUCAAAAUAUGGCAGUUUAGAAGAAUAUUAUAGAAAUGAAAAACUUGAAUACUCCUUAAAACUUCAAAUUGCAUUAGAUAUCGUACGUGGACUUAAUUUUCUUCAAGCAUAUAAAAUUUUACAUCAUGAUGUGCGAAGUGCUAAUGUCAUGAUCGAUUCUCAUAAACAUGCUAAACUUGCUAAUUUUGGUAUGAGUCGCCACUUUGCCGAUGCUUCAAAAAACCUUAAAAAUGUUAUUGACGAUAGUAGAUAUAAAGCUCCUGAAAAAAUAAAUUACAGAGAUUACAAAUAUGAUUCAAGAUGUGAAGUUUUUAGAAAUGAUGUACCUGAAAAAUGGAAAAGGCUUGUCUUCAAAGCAACAGAACAUGAUCCUCGUAACCAUCCAAAUUUUGAGAGAAUACUUCUUAAACUUAAAAGUUUAACCGAAAAGUCGGAUACAUCCACAAACAAAAAUACAUCUCCAACACUUACUUCUUUUAUCAGAAGUAUUAUGCCAAUCGAAGAAGCAAUUAAACAGCACAAAUUAAAAGAUGGUAACAGACAAGAGGCCUGGAAGCCAUUCGAAUUCUAUUCUAAAUUAGGUGACACGACAGCUAAAUAUUACAAAGCCUAUUAUCUUUAUAAAAACCUAAUGCGUCUUUGUGGCAAUGAAGAAGAUCGACUUAAACAAGCCACAAAUUUGUUUAAAGAAGCAGCCGAUGAAGGGGACAUGUUGAAAGCACAAAUUCAAUAUGCAAGUUGCUUGUAUAAAGGUACAGGAGUAGUGAAAAAUUUGAGCUUAGCUCUUAAAUAUUUUUCUAAAGCUGCUGAUAAAGGGGAUUCAGAAGCCAUUUUUAAUGUUGGAAAUAUGUAUUAUAAAGGCCUGGGUGUUAACAAAAAUGUUAAAAAAGGUAUUACUUUGAUCAAAUCUGCUGCUUUUAAAGGAUAUAAAACUGCAAUCAUGUUUUGUAAAGCAAAUAAAAUUUCUCUGUGA